AUGGUUCCACCUGCUCAGUCCGACCUCCCUGCCGAGGCUCUACUGGGGCAUGCUGUAUCUGGCGCGCGAAUGGCUCUUAUCCUCUCCUUUCAGGGCGUCUUAUCUCAUUCCCCUUUCUCUCUUCGUUCUUUCCCCUUUCUCCUCUCCUUUUGGGGCGUCUCAUAUCACUCGUCUCUUUCCCCUUCCUUCGUUCCUUUCUUUCCCUCUGCAGCAGCCCAUCCGUCCCUCCGCAUAGUUCCGCCUGCUCAGUCCGACCUCCCUGCUGAGGCUCUACUGGGGGAGGCUGUAUCUGGCGCCGUGCAUGGCACUCCAACCAACAAGGGGGAUGGUUCCAGGCCCCCCCUUUCCGCCUCCCCUGAUGCAAGCCUGGCGGAUGUUGGCGUGGGGGGGCUCGGGGAGGGGAGGCGCGGAGUAGGGAUUGUUCUCCCUACCGUUGAUAUGAGUGCAGGGGAGGGGAGGGAGGAGCAGGAGCAGGGGCAGGCGCAGGAGCAUUGGCAGGCAGAGUUGCGGCAACAGGAGGGGGGUGUGGGGAGGGAUGAGGAGUGGAGUGCGGCAGUGGAGAGGGCAGUGGAGGAGGCAGUUUCAGACGCCUUCUCCCGCGCCCAGUUCGUGCUCGCCUCUCUUGAUUCCGUGCGUCGGGCAGCUCGGGCAGCGCAGAAAGCCUUUUCUGACCGGAGCUUUGUUGCUCUUGUGGAGGAAGAAAUGACAUUGCAUUUUGGGGGGGACGGGGUGGGAGGGAUCGGUGAGGCGGUAGAUAGUGGGAAGGGGGAUGAGAAGGGGUUGAGGGGCAUUGAGGUGGGUGUGGGGGGGAGAGUGGGGGAGGAGGCAAGGCGGAGGGCGGAGGCAGUGGUAAGAACGGUGGUGGUGAUGAUGGGUGAGAGGGGGGAGGAGGGCGUGGAAAGCACUAGGAUGGGCGCAGAAGGGGAGGAAGAGGAAGGAGAGGAGGGCGAGGAGGGACAGGAGGGAGAGGAGCAGGGAGGGGAGGAGAGAGGGGAGGGAGCUGCUGGUGGUUCUACUGGUAGGCGCUUCAGGCUUGCACAAAGGCUCAAGGGAUUGGGAGACGUGGCACGAGACAAGGUGUGGGACAUGGCCGACUCGUUUCUCUCUCGCUUGCGGGCGGCCAGGCAGAAAGUGGUCAGUGCGGAAGAGUUUCUUGCUGCCCGGGUGCAAGAUGCUGGCAAGCGUGUUUUGGAUCGUGUGGUGGAGAGCGGUCGGGCAGCCAGGGAAGAUGCUGAGGCUGCCCGAGAUGCUGUGAUCGCGACCGGCCGGGCAGCAAAAGAAAAGGUCGAGGCAGCUUGGGAAAAAGCGCAUGGAGCCGGGCAGGCUGCUGUGGACACAACCGUGGGAUUUUGUGCCCGGGCAGCAGAAUUCGGGCAGGACGCAGUUGAUAGGUGCAGGCAGGCCGGGCAAACUGUGUGGGAGGGCGGAAGAAAAACAGUUGGGGCAGUGGAAGGGGGAGUGAAGGGCGCAGUGAAGGGAGUGAGGGAGGUGGUGGAGGGGGUAGAGGAGGCAGUGGAGGAUGUGAGUGAGAGAGUAAAAGGGGUGGGGAGGUGUGUGGUGGAGGAGGGUUUUCAUCCUCAUACUCACGAGCACGGGUAUCAGCAUAAGCAUGAAGAGGCAGGAAUGCCUCCCGCCCCUGCAGCACGCACGGCCUUCCUUGGGCCUGUGUACGAUGUAGCCACAGAGGCUGUGAGGAUGGAGCAUGAGGCGGAAGGGGAGAGGGGGGGAGAGGGGGUGGGGGAAGGUGUGGUUGGGCAGGUUGAGAGGGCGUGGGAUGCUGCAAAGGGUCAUGUGGAGGAAGGUGCGGAGAAGCUGCGGGGUGAGGUGAGGGAAGGUGCGGAGAAUUUGCAGGAGGAGGUGAAGGAAGGUGCUGAGAAAUUGCCCGAAAGGGUGAAGGAAGGUGCUGAGGUAGCAUGGGAGGAGGCGAGGGAGAGAGGCAGCAAGAUGGGAGAGAAAGUGAAGGAAGGUGCUGAGAAGGUGUGGGAAGAGGCGAGGGAGAAAGGUGGGAGGGUGGGAGAGCAGGUGAAGGAAGGUGCAGGGAAGGUGUGGGAAGAGGCGAGGGAAGAGGGCAGCAGGGUGGGUGGGAAGCUGAGGGAGAAAGCCGGGGAGGGAUGGGAGGCAAUGGAGGGGGCUGGAGAGAAGAUGAGGGAGGGAAUGAGGAGGGAGGGUGGAGGCGAGAGGGAGGAAGGCGAGAUGGGCGAUGGGAUGUGGAUGGAGCUGCAGGGAGUGCGCUUCUUCCAGCCUGCACGACCCAAGGCAGGAGGCAAAGAAACGGCAGCGAAAGGAGAGGGAGCAGAGAAGGACGCAAAGCGGCAGGAGCAGAUGCAGCAGUGGGAGCAGUGGGAGAGAGUGAACCCACCAUUCCCCGCAAGUGCUCUAAUGUCCCGCCUGCCCCUCUGGUUCCAACGCCUCGUGUUGCCCAUCCCCCUCCUCUCCCACCUCUCCUCCCUCCCCUCCUCCCCUCCUCUCCUCGUUCCUGCUCUCAUCCGCACAACCCACCUCGCUGCUUUCUCGCUCGCCUACACACUCACUCUCGUCCUCACCUUCCUGCCCAUCGGGCAGCUUCGAAAUGUUUUCUCACCUUCGCCUGCCCAGUUGGAACCGGGGGAAGAUGGGGAGAGUGGCGGAGGAGAGGGGGAAGCGUGGGCGGAGGGGGCAGGGGGGAUGGGAGGGGGGGUGGCGGAGUGGGGGGAUGAGCUGCAGCUGUGGCUGCUGGCGGCAGCAACGGUGUUGUCGGCACUGCUGGCGCUCAUUCUGCAACCGCUGUUGACCUAUAGCAUGGAGGAAGCAGCAGCGCUCGCUCGCGGCCCCUCUUCUCCCACGCCUUACCACAAGCGCCCCCGCUCCUCCUGGCGCCUGCGCCGCCACUCUGCACCACACGCCACCGCACCAGCAGCACCAGGAACCCCUCCGCAAACCCCUUCACCUCCGGCUACUACUUCUGCGGCACACACUGGUGAAGCUCCUAUUCCUCCCGCUGCUUCGUUUGCCGAAGCUACUGCUGCAGUGGCCUCUUCUUUCGUUGCAGAAGAAGCUGCACCAGAGCUGGCCACUGCUGCUGCUGCAAGGCCAGCGCAGGAAUCAGAGGUGGUUGAAGGGAUGGAAAGGGAGGGGGGGGGAGGGGCUGGAGGGGAGAGGGUGAGGGGGCAGCAGCAGCUGCUGCAGCAGUGGCAGCAGCAUCUGCAGUGGCGGGUGCGAGUGCUGACUGUGCUCAAAAGCGUGGCUACACAUGCCUUGCUGGCGGUGCUGACGUGGCACCUGUGGCACCUCGCAUGUCGUGUGCUCGUGUAA